AUGGCGUCAAGUUGGUGUCGAUACGCGAACCUGAAGAUAUCCAAAAACGGGUAUCCCCGUCCUGCAACGAUAUCAACUGAGCCAGAAGCCAAGGGUUUCUCCCGCACAAUUAGAUGGGACGAUCCGACCAGUGACGGGGGUGUUGGGUGCUCGAGGGCGCGGGAUCUUGGAUCAGAUUCUGGUGCGGAAACGAGUCCUUACACCGCUCUACGACCCCUCCCUUCUGGGGAAAACGAGAAAGCCUCGAAACCCGGUCCACGAAAGGCUAUAACGCCACGCUGCGGAGGGUCGAUCAGGGCGUAG